AUGCCGUCUGACUACUUGCACAGUCUAUAUACGGGCUUCAUUCCCCGCCGUGAAAGGUCAGUCGACAGCAAGACCCUUUGGGCUGCCAUCUGCAGCAUUACCUUGGUGCAGUGGGGCCACUUCUGGUGUGGAUGGCUGGCGUGGAUAUGCGACUCGUUUGAUUUCUUCAGCGUGUCUCUCAGUGUCACCAACCUCGAGAAACAGUUCAACAAGCCUCCUGGAACUAUUACGACAGCAAUUACUUUGACGUUGUUGUUCCGUUCGCUGGGUGCAAUCAUCUUCGGUGUACUGUCCGACCGUUACGGCCGAAAAUGGCCCCUCGUUGCGAAUCUCCUCAUCGCUGCCGCCUUUGAGCUUGGCUCCGGCUUUGUGCAAACAUUCCCGCAGUUCCUCGCCGUGCGUUCCCUCUUCGGCGUCGCCAUGGGCGGCAUCUGGGGCCUGGCGUCGUCAACUGCGCUCGAGAAUCUCCCCGUGGAGGCGCGUGGGCUUGCCUCUGGCUUCUUGCAGGAGGGAUACGCGGUGGGAUACCUCAUUGCCGCCGUCGUGAACCUCACCCUUGUGCCUGAGACCUCGUCUGGGUGGCGAGGGCUGUUCUGGCUUGGCGCGGGCCUGUCUGUGCUUGCGGCAGCCGUCCGUGCGGUCCUACCGGAGAGUGAGCUCUUUUUGCGCGCGAAGGCGGUAGAGCGUGCGCAGGGUCAUACCACGGUGAACAAGACACGCGUCUUCAUGCACGAGACGUGGGAGAUGCUUAAGCGGCAUUGGAUAUUGUGCUGCUACGCGGUCUUGUUGAUGACAGGCUUCAACUUCCUGUCGCACGGCUCUCAGGAUUUGUACCCCACGUACCUCACCACAACCAAAGGAUUCAGCCAACACGAUGCAACUGUGGCUACUAUUAUCGGGAAUUGCGGCGCUAUCGCCGGCGGCACUAUUGCUGGCUGGUUGAGUCAGUAUGCUGGCCGACGUCUGACCAUCAUCAUGUUUGUGGUGAUUGUGGGAGCGUUCAUUCCCCUUUGGAUCCUUCCGUCGACAUUCGGCGCUCUUGCCGCAGGCGCGUUCUGCAUACAAUUCGGUGUGCAGGGCGCAUGGGGUGUCAUCCCAAUCCAGCUGAACGAGAUGUCGCCCCCUGCAUUCCGUGCAACAUUCCCUGGCGUCGCGUAUCAAAUAGGCAACAUGGUCUCGUCUGCGUCCGCGCAGAUCGAAGCCACCGGUGCCGCCCAUCUAAAAAAAGUGACGACUAUCGUGAACGGGGAGCCAAAGUUGGUCGCCAAUUAUGCCACCGUGCAAGGUAUUCUUGUCGGUGUCGUCGCCGCUUUCGUGGUGCUUUGCACGAUCGUCGGCCCUGAGAACCACGGCUCGCGCUUCGAGAAGUACAAGGCGGCGUUCGAAGAGGGUGCCGGACGCGACGAGGAGAUGCCCGACGUCGAGGAAGUGCAAGACUCUGCCGACGCAAGUUCACGUGCCGCAAGCAUACGGGAAGUGCGCGAGAAGGACCUCGAUGUAUGA